AUGGCACCCAAGCUUACUUCUGCAUCCGAAAAUGUGGGAGGAACGACCCACUAUACCGACUUGAGCAGUGUCCUGCCACAACGAACACAACCAUGGUGGAAGACACCACACCUGGUCAAGCUCAAUCUUUUGCUUUCGGUGCCAAUGAUGACGGGAUACCUAAUUGGAUUCGACUCAAGCAUGAUGAAUGGACUCCAAUCUGUUCCAGUUUGGAUCUCUGACUUUGAUAACCCUACCGGGGCCCGCCUCGGCGUCCUCAACACCAUGCAGAUCAUUGGCGCCGUUGUGUGCCUACCGAUCGUCCCCUACAUCGCUGAUCGCUUUGGCCGCCGGCUUCCUGUGUUUGUUGGCUCGUUGCUUGCCCUUCUAGGGACAGCUCUUCAGACGGCCGCCACCAACCUGGACCUUUUCCUGGCCGGCCGCUUUUUCGUAGGCUUUGGCACUGGAAUGGUUGGAGUUGCCGCCAACCCGCUCAUGGCAGAGCUGUCUUAUCCUACGCAUCGACCCUUCAUCACUUCGUUUGCUUCUACGACCUGGUUCCUUGGAGCAAUUGUUGCAGCUUGGAGUACUUAUGGCACCUUCAAAAUGAGCAACAGCUGGAGCUGGAAGAUUCCCUCUCUGCUCCAGUGCAUUCCUUCGCUUUACCAAGGCUGCUUCAUCUACUUGGUGCCUGAAUCGCCCCGAUGGCUAGUGAGCCACGGCAAGCUGGAGGAGGCGAGAAAGGUUUUAAACCGCUACCAUGCUGGUGAGAAUACGGAUGCAGAUGUGUCGCCACUUGUGCGAUACGAAAUGGCGGAGAUUGAGGCUGCUAUCGAGCUUGAGAAGCUUCAAAACACAAAGUCAUACCUCGACUUUUUCUCGACCAAGGGAAACCGCUGGCGUCUCGCAAUUGCCAUCAUUCUGGGCCUCUCUGCUCAGUGGUCCGGUAACGGUCUCGUCUCCUUCUACCUGGUCAUCGUCCUUCGAAGCAUCGGCAUUGAGGAUCCCGAGCGCCAGAACUUAAUCAAUGGCGGUCUCACCAUCUUCUGCUACGGUAUCGCUAUCAUCGGCGCUACAGGCAUCCUCCGCUUUGGACGCAGGACUAUUCUGCUGGCAGGCUUCGCUGGCAUGGCAUCUGCCUACCUGAUCUGGACUGUUCUCUCAUCCAUCAACCAGCAGCGCAACUUUGAAGAUGGAAGUCUGGGCAUCGGCGUUGUCGCCAUGAUUUUCGUCUUCCAGCUCUUCUACAACCUCAGCAUCGGCCCGGUCCUGCCCACAUAUAUCCUCGAGAUCAUGCCUUACACGCUCCGUGCUAAGGGCUAUACCAUUGAACAGAUCUUCACCUAUGGAGCUGGUCUCUUCAACGGCUUCGCCAACCCAGUUGCCAUGGAGGCUCUCGAGUGGAAGUAUUACAUUGUCUGGAUCGUCAUGCUCUGCGUCUGGCUGGUUCUCGUUUAUUUCUUUUUCCCCGAGACUGCUGGUCGAACCCUUGAGGAAGUCAGUCAGAUUUUCGAUGGAGACCAAGUCAAUGUCACUGCUACUGCUCACAUGAACGCCAAAGCAGGCCCGACCGAGGAUGUCAUCGAGACUGUUUAA